AUGGUUCUUUCUCUACCCUUCGAGCUAAUCGAAGCAAUAAUUGACGCCGUUGCCGAUACAGACGAUCAUAAAACACUCAGUACUUGCUCACUGACUUGCCCGCUCUUUGUGACACUGUGCCAAAAACACAUCUUCCACACAAUUCGCCUCGAAGACACACCCAUUCCUCAUGUCUUGGCUAGAAGGAUUUCUCGUCUUGAGGAAAUCAGCAGAACCUCACCUUGGAUUGCAGACUAUAUCCAGCACGUACAGUGUGUCUCGCGAACACUCACACGUGAAGAUUCUUCCACUCGCCACUGGCCAUCAACUGAAUCUGCGGCAUUGCCAACAAUUGCACUCUUUGGCCGCCUUACGAAGGUGCACACUGUAUUGAUCGAAAAUAUUGGUGUAUUUACGGAAGAAAAAUGGGACUUUCCGGAUGUACAAGCAGCCCUCUGUCGUCUCAUUUACCUUCCCACCAUUGAGUGGCUGUUGUUGAAAUUUGUCGACAAUUUCUCACCAGUAAACGUUAUUCAAUGCGUCAACCUUAAACAUCUGUCUCUGAGGAUGGUUUCCUUUAGAAAAUCGGCGGUGCAUACACAAGAUUUCUCAUCUCCACAGACGACACACUUGGACACACUGUCACUAGAUCACCAAAGUGCAACUGCUUUGCUACAGAUGAUGAAGGACUUUACACGAAGUAUCGGAGAUACUCCGAUCAUUGACUUUCGGAAGAUAAAGACGACCACUCUCUUGCUAGACCGAUUCAUGUUUAACGAACUUGGCUUUGUCGAACUUCUUCAGCAGCUUGAAUGGAUGGAAACCCUGCGAGUUUACAUCAGUCCAAGUAUGAGUAAUUAUUACCUCCCAGGUCCAAUGCUGUUUCUCACUUUUUUCUUCUUUCCGAAAUAG